AUGGAGGCCAUCAGGGAGCUCAUGGCCGCUCAUCACAGGAAAAUCUCUGCAGAAGUGGCCACGAUAAGGGAGGAUCUGAAAGUCCUCUCAGCACGGCUCGGGACCGUGGAAUGCACCUCAAGCGGCCACACCAGCCAGAUAGAGGAGCUGAAAGCAACAGUACACGACCUCAAACAACUGGCAGCACUACAUGACCAGCAACUGGCCACACAAAAGGAUAAACGACGGCAAAACAAUCUAAAACUACAAGGGGUCGCAGAUUCUGUACCCGAGGCCGAGCUCCCACAUUAUGCUAGGCGGCUACUGACUGCGCUCUUAACUCCGAAAGUGGCCAAAUCCAUAAUAUUGGACAACAUCUUCCGUAUACCAUGGCCAACUACAGCACCACCAGCUGCCACAGGGGACAUAAUCCUCCGUUUUCAAAGCGCGAGGGACAAGAGGGCUGUUCUAGAAGCCACCAAGGGCCUAACAAUCUACACGUUUGAGGACAUGACUCUGUAG